AUGAGGCAUCCCUGGCAGAGACUACUAUGGCUCAAACAAAACUAUCCUGAUAAUUAUACGGAUCCUGCAUUCUUGAGGGAACUUGAAAACUUCAAGAAAAACCAAUUAAAACCACAUAUAACAUCAAGCUAUGCUCAAGUAGCGUUCGAUUUUCUUUUAUUUUACCAUCGUUUGUUGAACACAGCACUUACAUAUGUGAUAUUCUCAUUAUUUUACUACUAUCAUUAUGAUCCGUUUAUUUUGACUGGUUCUUUAACGACUUUAGCAUUUAUUAUUGCAUCGUGUCCCUGGUUUAGAACAAUUGAGUUCAAGUCAUCUCUUAUCAUUAUCUUCACCAUGUUGACGCUAUCACCGGUUUUGAAAUCUUUGUCUCGAACCACUUCAUCAGAUUCGAUCUGGACGUUAUCAUGUUGGUUAACCGUGUUCUACCUACUGUCGGUAUAUCUGCAAGAGUCAUCCAUUAUAUCCACAAAUCUACUGGUUGCCAAUGUCGCAGUGUUGUCCUCGAGAUUGAACUCGACAACAGAUGUUUUUUGCUUUGUCCUGAUAUGUAUUGAGGUCAACAUUUUACUUCCAUACUUCGAGCAUAAUUUACUAAUGCGCAAACUGUAUGUUCCUUGCAUGGUGUCAUUUCUCAUGAACAACGUGGUCAUCUAUUCCUUUGUAACUUAUUCUAUGGGCUGGAAAUAUACGACACUACUUAUUUUCUUCACAGUAAUAUUCGUUGUAGUGCUGCCACGUUAUUUUAUCCUUUGGCAACGAUGGUACCAUAGGGGCGACGAGCUUCUUGGAACCUGGGACGCAAAGAAGCCUGUUCUUGAUUGA